UAUGAGCCAGAUUUUUUUAUAGGCUAGUCGGACAACUGAAUAACACACCGUUCCACUUGUGUCGUUCGAAAAGCCAUAGUUGAUGCCUAGCAAAAGAAACCAAUUCCUUGUAUCGGAGUCAAUUAUCCAGAGGAAGGCAAAUUCGUCACAUGUUUUGUUGAUAUCACGAAGACAGAUUUGCUAGCUUCAAAACAUUCGAUUUUGACCAGCAUUUGGUUUGCGGACCAGGGGAUAUUUUGAGACCAAAAUGACGACAGAAAAGCACAAUAACCCAGAAGAAAAUUUACAAGGCUCCUGGGUGGAGUUGCACUUCAAUAAUGGCGGCGGUGGCAGCCCCUCAGCUCCAGCUCCCGGUGCAGCCUCGGGGGAAGAGCAGGAACAGCUUCCUGGCUCUGGUUCUGGUCCGGCCGCUGAGCAGCAGCUUCCCGGCCCGGCUGCGGCCAGUAUGGACAUGGAGAAGAUGCUGCUGGAGGCCCAGCACGAGUCGGGCAGGAGCAGCUCCCGGGGAAGUCUGCCAUGUGACAGGUGUCGUGUCUGCUUUCAUCCCCCAUAAAGCACUCACAGCACAGUUUAGUCCUCCAAGGUCACAGACGCCGUUGCACCUGCGCAGAGGCUCCGAUGUCAACAGCUCGGGAGGCAAAAACAGCUCACAGUCUGAGGAGGACUUCCUGGAAAGACGCAGGGAGGUGGAGAACUUGAUGAAGAAGAAUGCAGACUGGAUUUGGGACUGGUCAAGCCGACCAGAAAACAUUCCACCCAAGGAGUUCUUGCUGAAGCACCCAAAGCGUUCGUCGGCGGCAGCGCUCAGCAUCCGUAACACCAGCAUGAUGAAGAAAGGGGGAAUCUUCUCUGCAGAGUUCCUCAAGGUGUUCCUUCCCUCGCUGCUCGUCUCACACAUCCUUGCUGUGGGCUUGGGAGUGUAUAUUGGGAGACGUCUGACAACCUCCACCAGCACCUUCUGAACUGAAGCAAGAGCGUGGAGCCCAUCCAUGGCUGCCUCCGUACGGCCCUGCUUGCUCUCCCACCCCGCUGGCCGACAUUCUACCGCCGUCACCGUCACGUCACCGCUCAAGCCCCUCAGCACCAAUCAAUGCUCCUGCAGAUGCAGACACGUCAUGUGAUCCAGCCCAUGAUCCCCCCCACCACCCCCCAAAGCCUCCUCACCCCUCUCCUCCUCGCCUGUGGUCCUCCUUCUUCUCUUCCCCCUCCUCCCCUCCUCUCCUCUCCUCCCCCCAGUGAAUUCAGCUGGCUUCCCCUCUGAUUCCCAGAACCUCUUCAAAGAAAAAGAAAAAAGACUCCCAGUAUUUCAGGACACGCACACAAAAUGGCUGUCUUUUUGAAGAGCAUUUCAGAAUACCAUGCAGAUUGUAGAGCAUAGGGAAAAAAGGUUUUCAGCCGUGCUUCAAUCAUACAGUAAACGCUAAGUCUUGUUCUUAGGGUAUCAAGCCUGGCUUAAUUGAGCUCAAUCAUCGCUGAAGGCUGGUGUAUUAUUAUUAUUUAAUCUAUAAAGGGAACUGAAAGGGAACUUGGGCUGUUGGAUUGGUUGUUGGGUGUGUGAUGGACCCAAAAUCCCAGACUGGUGGUGGAAGUGUUGACGGCAUGACCAGAUUUGCACGCGUUUUCUCACAAAAUGUUGCAGCUCAGUGUCUCAGUGGAUAUUAUGAAAUAUACACAGGGCUCUAAAAUUAACACCAGCUAACCGGCCAAAUACAGGUGACAUUUUUUGGUUAACUUUCCACUUUGACCCAUUUGUCAGUGUGUAUUUGGCUAGUGAAAUUUACAUUAGUAGCCGUUUUGGCUGAUGAUGAAAAAGUUAAUUUAGGGCCCUGAAUAUAAUACUGUAUAAAUAAAAUCCAUGUGCUGGUAGACAAGAGUUCAAAAACAUCUCAGACAUCACUACUGGUAUUUCACAUCACCUCCUGAGUAAAUAAGUCCUUUAAGAAUUUAGAGCAUGGAUGUGGAUCUGCUCAGGGUUUAAUGGUGGUUUGGUCACCUAACAGAUUGUAUUUAGCGUCCAGUUUCAUACCCUGUAUCCAAUCACAUUUGUUACUAUGGUUGAUGGGUGUAACUGAAUAAAUAAAAAGGAUUUCCCCACUGCUAGCUGCUAAAUUGAUCUUCAAUUUCAGUACUGUGCAAACACUCUCUGUUAAGUGUUGAAGUACAGUAGACACUGGUGGAUGGUUUAAGAGAACAGGUUGAGUUAUUUGAAAUUCAAAAGUUGACCAAAAGUGCAGUCGAAUUUUCAUAUUAUAUAUCAGAAAUGAUAGCUGCCUUUUGUUUAAAACACAAAUACUUAGUUUGCCUUACUUCAUUCUUCACAACCAUUCUUUUUUUUUGCAAUCUGUGAAAAACGAGCAUCAAACUGCAGAUGAUGCAGGAAUUAUGACUGUUAAAUGUAAGUGACUCCAAAGGGAAUUUGCCUUGAUGACUGCUGUUUUUUGUGCAUGAUGUGUAGCACCCGUAGUAAUGCGACUUGUGACAAUUUCACAAUGGUUUUGUAUUGACUGCUAAAUGUGUAAAGUACAUAUGAUAUGAAUAAUAAAAAAACACUUUGUCAAUCAUA